AUGAAUGAACUAGACUUGAUCAAAGAAGUUGAGAAACGACCAAUUCUGUACGACAAGUCAGUGAGCGGAUUUAAUAAGACAAAAUUAAGAGACGAUGCUUGGAAGGAAGUACAGAAUGCUCUACAUGUAUCAGAGGCGGAGUGUAAAAAGCGCUGGAGAUCGCUUCGCGAUUCCUUCAUUAAGUUGCAGCGCACGCAUGGCGGCCGUACGCGCUGGUCCUACCAUCACGCCAUGCGUUUCUUGCUGCCACACGUCGAACCCAAGUCGGAAAUGACGUCUAAAAGAGAACUCGACGACUCCGAUCCCGAAGAAGAGGUCCGCCAACGUACCACGAACAGUCUUCCCGACCUGUCGUUUCCGGGAGUAGACAGCCUCAAAUACGAAGAGGAUGAAGAUUCCCAACCUUCUCCGAAGAAGAUCCGCCUCCAGUCGACUGACGAGGAAAGCUCCUGCCAAUGCAACAGAACUGAUCCCGAUGAGUUGUUCCUACUAAGCUGUUCAUCUACUUUAAAACGGCUAAACUCCAAGCAGAAUGCUGUGGCGCGACUCAAGAUCCAGCAGGUUCUUUACGAAGCCGAGUUUGGCAGCCAGAUGGAGCUGCCCUACGUCACACCUGCCAGCGACUGUGGUUACGAAAACGUUGAAGAAACUGGCGAAUGA